GAAAGUGUCUCUGUGUGUAAAUCACUUUGCUUUAGUUUUGCCUCCCAUCGACUUUUUUACUUUCCUCUCUUCUCACGAAAAUUUCGCGAUCGCUCGAGAUGGAUCUACCAUCUUCCGCUGCUUCUUGAUCUCUUCUUUUAGGGGAUCACUUGGUCUGAUUUUUUUCCAGUUCAGUGCCAGUCCUGGCCACAAGCAGAAGAAACAUGGACUUCCAGCCAGCACGAUAAUAAGUAUUUUCGCGGCCACAUAUUUAUAAAAAGUGACUUUAGCCUAGUGGUUCUAAGAAAAAUUACCAGUGCUGGAGGUGCUGGGUUCAAUUACCCCUGACAGUUUUUUGUUUUAUUUUGGCUCCAAAUAUAAAAUGGGACACGUGUCACUCCAUAACGCACGACUUGAUGAUGUGAUGAGUUUUUGGUUUUAUUUUGGCUCCAAAUAUAAAAUGGGACACGUGUCACUCCCAUAACGCACGACUUGAUGAUGUGGCAUCACAGGAGGGAGGCGAACAUAUUUUUAUAUAUAUAGAUUUGAUUAUUCUUUAGUUUUUUUUUCAUCUUAUUUGUUAAAAGGCUUUUUAUUUCACCUUGUGUAGUAGCUCUUUCAUGAUGGAGGACACCAGGUCAGUUGCUUCCCUCAUGGACUCCACGUCAUCCAAGAUCCAGCAGCUUCAAAAGGCCUUUGCCGAACUCGAAAGCCAGUGCGCCGUAACAUUCAACCUCAAAUGGAACGAACUCGAGGAGCAUUUCCACGGUCUGGAGAGGUCCCUGAAGCGACGGUUCCACGAGCUCGAGGACCAAGAGAAAGAGUACGAAACCAAAACAAGGAAAGCUCAAGAGCUAUUGGAGAAAAAGAAAGCAGCUGUUGAAGCCAAGGAGAAGGCGUCUCUAGAGAGGCUUCAGAAGAAGAGAGACGCAGCUGUGUUUGCUAUCAACACUGCUUUGGAUAAGUACAACAACAAUAACGCUCCCAACAUCAGUGCAAAAGCCUUUGCUGCUGAGGAUGAGAAUCUUGAUGGUACUGUGCAAGAUGCUGAGAUCUCACCUGUGAAGGCUUAUCCAGAGUUGGUGAAGCUGUGUGAGGAUAUGGACUCAGCAGGGCUUCAUAAGUUUGUAUCAGACAACCGUAAGAACCUUGCAUUAUUAAAGGAGGAGAUUCCUGUGGCGUUAAAGGCAGCAGCUAACCCGGCUAGUUUAGUGUUGGACUCUUUGGAAGGGUUUUAUCCCACAACCACUGAUGGGAAGAAAGACGCUAACCUCUUGGGAAUGCGGAGGACAUGUAUCAUGUUGAUGGAAUGUCUUAGCGUGCUGUUAUCAGGUCUAGACAGCAACUCUCUUGUUGCUGUUCUCUCGGAAGAUGUUAAGGAUAGAGCAAAAGGUGUUGCAGAAGGAUGGAGUCCACUUCUGGAAACUAUUGACAUGGAUGCUGGUAAUGGUAACUCUUUGGAGGCUCAUGCGUUUCUGCAACUGCUGGCUACUUUUGGUAUUGUUUCGGAGUUUGAAGAGGAUGGAAUCUUGAAGCUGAUCCCUAUGGUCUCGCGUCGCCGUCAGGCAGCUGAGCUUUGCCGGUCUCUUGGAUUGUCUGAAAAAAUGCCUGGUGUGAUUGAAGUUCUAGUGGACAGUGGUAAACAGAUUGAUGCUGUGAACUUGGCAUUUGCGUUUGGACUCACAGAAAAGUUCCCACCUGUUGAGUUACUUAAAUGCUACUUGACUGAGACAAGUAGAUCUUCCUCCCAAGGCAAUGCAUCUCCUGCUGUUCAGGAUGACUUCAAUGAGAGGGAGCUUACAGGUCUUAAGGCUGUGAUAAAGUGUGUGGAAGAGCAUAACCUGGAAGAGCAGUACCCAGUUGAGCCACUACACAAAAGGAUUCUCCAGCUGGAGAAGACCAAAGCAGAGAAAAAGAGAGCAACAGAACCCACAAAGCCUCAGACAAAGCGACCACGUGGUCCUCAACCCCGAGUCACUGACAACAACAACAAGACAGGAUAUGGUAGAGUCAUCCCUGAGAGGUAUCCACAGUAUUUGUAUGACAACAGACAGUUCCUUAGCGGUCCAAUCAUGGCAGCUCAGGCUCCUCCUCCUCAGACUUACACUUUCAGUCCAGCUGCUGCUCACGGUAACUUCUACGGGAACUGCUAUCAGUACCAGGCUCCUCCUUACUUUCACUAGUGAUAAUGGUGAAUGUGACUGUGACUCUCUCUCCUAUGGUGUUAACUAGUGGCAGCUCCUUAACCCCCCCUCUCCUACUAGUCGUUUUCCUUUUGAUGUUUUUGUUGUGUAUGGAUGAUUUUAGUAUUUUUAAGGAUCAACCUACCCAAAGCAAAAAAAUACUCAGAAUUUUAUUUUAAUUAUAUAUUUACUGUUGUAUU